CCUUCCUUAGUACUUAGGUUCCAGAACAAGUCAAGAAAAUAUUUGCCUCUUUCCCUAAAUCGAAAGGCAUUUAGGGUUAGGGUUUGGCUCUAACGUAAUCGGAAAAUCUGGCCAUAUGCAUUCUUUCUUAGCAGCAAAUCCUUUAAUUUUCAUCUUUGUCAUCUUCUUGGUAUUCAAUUUCAGCACACAGUUUGUGCGAUCAAAGCACGACGAUGGCGAUGGGGUUUGCGCAGGCUUCAACAAGCCGGGAUUAUGCCCGAUCAAUUGCUUUCGAGCCGAUCCCGUGUGUGGAGUUGACGGGGUCACCUACUGGUGCGGCUGUCCUGAAGCCUUGUGUGCGGGUGUUAAGGUGGCUAAAUUAGGGUUUUGUGAAGUUGGCAGUGGUGGCAGCACUCCUCUUCCUGGUCAGGCGCUUCUUUUGGUCCAUAUUGUCUGGCUCUUCUUGCUUGCUUUCUCUCUUUUUUUAGGCAUUUUUUGAUUGUGUAUUCUUUUCGAGUGAUUUCUUUUUAGAUCUUUGUGAUUUGAUUCCGGUUGCGGCUAUUCAACAUUUGCGCGUUAUUUUUCGUGUAUGUUAGAGUACAUUUACUUCCAUUCUUUUGUGUGAUUAAUAUUAACACGAUUUAUUUCUCCGUUUAUAGAA